AUGCUCACGCGGCGACAGACCUUCGCCGAAGGCGAGCAAGACUACCCAAGCAAGUUCUCGACUUGGACCAUCGAACAAGACGAGGACACCAUGACUGGCGCUUCCUUGGUCGUCAACUUACUAGCAGACGUCUCUCCUGCUGGUGUUCUGCCUCUGGCCUAUGGCAUGUCAGGGACAGGCUACAUCCCUGCCGUCGUGUUGCUGAUGCUGUUUGCCUGUGGGGCUGGCUACUCCAUGUAUCUGAUCUCUAGGACGAUCGAGAUCUCAGGGGUGAAGAGCUACGAUCGGAUAUGGGAGCGCUGCGUUGGUGAAAGGAGAAUGAACAUGAGCUCGAACGACCAGCGACAUCUUGACCCCGUCCCGCCGGAGCGGUGGUGCGUGACAAAGCACGACUUGAAAGACCUCCAGAGCGAAGUGAUGACAGCACUUCAGCAGAAGAGGAUCACGCCGCCCCCAUCCAAUGGUGGCUUUGACAGGUAUGGUCCAAGCAUCUAUGUGGUCACGGAGCAGUAUAUCAAGCCAACCACGCAGGGGACACAUUUCAGUUGGGCUCUGAAAAAGCAUCCGGAUGGCCUGGACUGUGACGUCUUCAUCAGCCAUGCUUGGCAAGAGGGCAUCUUCGAGUUCCUGGAGAAGGUACUGAACUCAUGGCCAAACCCUGCGCGGAAUGCUUGGUGUUGCAUGCUGGCGAAUCCCCAGAAUUUGAACAUUGCGGCGUUGCUGCGAUCACCGAGCCAAUCACCCUUUGCCCGUGCAUUGGAGCAGGCUACGUACGUGCUUGCGGUGCCCAACCACAAAGCCAGUAUUUACACCCGGCUUUGGUGUGCAUAUGAAGCCCAUCUUGCAUCAGAGCAGGGCAAGGUCAUUCUUAUCGCAAGAAGGCCCAUUGGACAUGACUAUUUGCAAGCUGUGCCAUGCCUCAUGGUGGCGACUGCACUUGGUGCAGUCAUCGGAGUCGUCAUCCGCAAUUUUGCAGGGGAUCGCAUUCGCACGGAUGCGAACCUCACCUGCAUUAUUCUCCUUGUGGCCGUUUUGUUGCUGGGUGCCCUUGUCCACGGCCCGCAGAAGCGCCGUGCUAUGAAUCUCUGUGGAGUUGCCUGCUCCGCGUCCUUGUUCUUCUCCUGGAAAACACAUCACUUUUGGCUUCCUUUGCCAACAGGAUGUGAGAUUGUGCCUCAGAUCCAGCAGCAUUGGGUGAUAGGCAUUGCGCUUUGCGGCUUUUGGAUGGCCGAGGCGGACCGGAUAGGCAGCGAAUCGCUCGAGGAGGAAGCGGUGCAGUUGAACCGUGGGCUGGAGGACCAAGCGUCUGUCGAGUUUGCAACGUGCACCCAGGAAUCGGAUGCUGUCCAGAUUCGGGCGGAAAUAGGCGAUUCCUUCUACCAGGUGGAUCACUCUAUCAGCGUGCUUCUCUCCGCUGGAAUGUCCACUCCGACGCUGCGGUCCAUCGCUGAUGCAGGCGUUAACAUUGAUGGCGCUGGUCACUACGAGAUCACAGUGCCCUUCGUGUGCUUGGUACCCAUGAUCGUGGUAAAUAUUGCGCGCGUCUACCUGGAACGGGCUUUCAUCUUCAAGAUGAUUACCAAGCUGGCGGCCGUCAUGUUUUUCAUAUCUGCAUGCGAACGGCUUCGCAGCCACCUUGGUACUCCAUACGAUCCAACUUUCCAAGUUGCCAUUGGCCACAUGACUUUCGUCGUCAUGCUGGGUUGCGCCCUGCUUGGGAUGAAGGGCAUCGCGUGCCUUCCGGGUGGUCGCUACGUUUUGCAGUUCUUCCUGUGCAGAGGCUGUCCGCGACUACCUUCAGACGGGUGGAAAUCGAG